AUGGACGACGUCGGGCGUCGACGCGCGUCGGCGUCCGAGGGUCCACGGCGGAAGAAACGGACGCGAACGCGUGAUUCCGAUGCGUUCGUUGACUUCACCGAGCUCGCCGAACGCGACGCGCGCUUGGCGUCGCACGCGUCGUGGGAGACGCUCGAAGACGGGACGAGACGAGCGAAAAUUGAUUUUACGAGCUGGGAAGCCACGCGGGCGCUCACGGGGGCGAUCUUGGCGGUGAGACACGGCGCGCGGGGAUGGGACGUCCCGGAGGGACACUUGGUGCCGACGACGACGAAUCGAAGGCGGUACGUGGAGUGGAUCGAGCGUUUGUUGGCGGUGAGCGCGCCGGAGGGGGUGAAAGGGGGGGAAGGGGUCGUGGGGUUGGACGUCGGGACUGGGGCAAGCGUAAUUUAUCCCUUGAUUGGGGCGUCGACGCGCGGGUGGCGUUUCGUCGGCACGGAUGUCACGGACGAGGCGCUGCGGAGCGCGAGGGAGAAUGUGGAGAGAAAUCCGCACUUAGAGGCGCUGAUUGAGAUCAGGGACGCGAGGGACGAAAAUGGCGGUCGAGCGAACGUCUUUAGAGGCGUCGUGCGAGAGGGUGAGACGUUUGCGUUUUCCAUGUGUAAUCCACCGUUUUUCGAAUCCAUGGAGGAGGCGGGGAAGAAUCCGAACACCGCGUGCGGUGGAACAGAGAUCGAGAUGGUGUGCGAAGGUGGCGAAGAGGCAUUCGUCAAACGCAUGUUUAACGAGUCGUUGGAGAUGAAACACGCGGUGCACUGGUUCACGACGAUGUGCGGGAAGAAGAGCACUAUGACGAAAAUGCGCGCGUUGUUCCACGUCCUGCGCGUGCCCGCCAUCCGGACCACGGAACUCGUGCAUGGUAAGACGUCGAGAUGGUGCAUCGCGUGGUCGUGGAGCAAGGAGGCCGCCGCCAAUGCGAACGUGCCGUUACCAGAUCCCGAGAGGUUGGCAAAGGUUGCUAAGUUUGUGCGCGAACAGACCGCGUCGACGAAGUAG